GAACAGUUUUUGCUCUUUCUGCCCCAAGUAAGAGCUUCAUUAGUCUGUGAGAAUUAUGAUGAUGGGCCAUGCUUUGAAGUAAGAAAAGGAAGGCUGUUUACAGGCUAGUUCAUCUUUUAACUAGGGUAUAUUUAUUUAAAAUCCAUACGCUGCUCUAAUUUCGCCUCUUGGAUUUUACGGCACCACGCUGAUUACAACCUUUGCUCAGCCACAUCAGAAGCAUAACUUACAACUUAGUCAGAAAGGGUUCACUGUGAGACCAAAGCCCUGUACCCUGUCUCUAUAUGCUGGAGAAAAUAAUUCUGCGAACUGAAGGAAAAGCGCAUUGGGUAAAAACGUUCGAUGGAAUUGCAAGGUGUUUUAAGUAUUCUCUGAAAAAAAUCCUUUUAUUAGAAACACGCUUUAAAAUACAGAGAGAAAAAAAUCCUCUGAUAAUGUCUCCUUCUCCAGUGGAAGACUUCAUCUUUAAGCACUGUUGUCACGGUCAAGAACAUGGGAGACAGUCAGAGUUCACUGAUACAACUGAAUAAAAACAGAUUAAUAAUUGCAGUUGAGCACUAGACCCUGGAUCGGGCAUGCUACUUUCCUCCUAGGUCUUUCCCCGGCUCGACUGCAGCUGACCCAGAUCAUUUCUCUCCUCAUCAAAGCCCGAGCGUGGUUUUGUGGAUAGCUCACCCUAAGGAUGACACUCAAAGUGCAGUACGGACACGACUCCGUAUGGCUUGGCUCCUUCUGAGUCUUCCUUGCCGUCGCUUGCCCCCUCUGCUCUGAACCACCAUCCCUCGCCUAACCUGACCCAAAAUCUCCAGCUUCCCUCUCAAACCGAGGCACACCCCCACGUACUCGUUCUGCUGAUGAGCUUCAACUGAAUUUAAACCGAGGUGCAGAGCCCGGCUGCUGAGCACCCUGAGAGCAGCUGGUGCCAGCUCGGUGUCACAGCGGGUGGUGCAGGAACAGUGGCAAAGAUCUACGCGUGCCUUGAGUGAAGUCUCAGUCGCCGGGCAAAAUCAAGCAGAUAACAGCGUUGGUCCAGGGGAAGUGAGGCAAAAGUCAGCUGGAAAUGAUGGAGCUCCUAGAGGAAGAUCUCACCUGUCCCAUUUGCUGUAGCUUGUUUGAUGACCCUCGUGUCCUGCCCUGUUCACACAAUUUCUGCAGAAAGUGUCUGGAAGGAAUUCUUGAGGGAAAUGUGCGGAAUGUGCUUUGGAGGCCGUCCCCUUUCAAGUGCCCCACGUGCAGGAAGGAAACUCCCGUUACUGGAGUCAACAGCUUGCAGGUCAACUAUUCCCUGAAAGGUAUCGUGGAGAAGUAUAACAAAAUCAAAGUCACCCCGAAAAUGCCUGUGUGCAAAGUGCACAGUGGGCAACCCCUUAACAUUUUUUGCCGGACAGACAUGCAGCUGAUCUGUGGGGUUUGUGCCACCCGUGGUGACCAUACAAAGCACGUUUUCUGUUCCAUCGAGGAAGCUUAUUCCCAGGAGAAGCGGGCUUUUGAAACCCUGUUUCAGGGCUUUGAAACUUGGCGCUGUGGAGAUGCCCUCUCGCGGCUGGAUACCUUGGAAACCAGUAAGAGGAAAGCUCUGCAGAUGCUGACCAAGGAUUCUGACAAAGUGAAGGAGUUCUUUGAGAAGCUGCAGCACACGCUGGAGCAGAAGCGAAAUGAGAUUCUCUCUGACUUUGAGACCAUGAAGCUUGCAGUGAUGCAGGCCUACGACCCGGAAAUCAAUAAACUGAACACGAUUCUGCAAGAGCAACGGAUGGCUUUUAACAUCGCGGAGGCCUUCAAAGAUGUGUCUGAACCCAUUAUAUUUCUGCAACAGAUGCAGGAGUUCAGGGAAAAAAUCAAGGUGCUCAAAGAAACCCCUUUACCUUGUUCCAGCGUGGACAUCAGCCCUACAAUGAAGAGCUUUGAUACCAGCCAGUGGAAUGGGAUAAAACUAGUUGAUGUGGACAAACUUUCCUUGCCUCAGGAAAACAACACUCUCAAAUUCAAGAUUCCCUCAGUCUUUUCACGCAGAUUUCUAGUGAAUUCUCUUAUUUGCUUGCUUAUUCUUGCUGUCACCAGAAUGUCCUUUGUGGAGUCAGUCGUUGACAAUCUCCAGUGCUGGAAAUCUCAAUUCUUUACAAUUAGCUUGUCCUAUUUGGCAGAUACAGUGGAGAUAGCAGAUCAUGCAGUGUUUUACUGGGAACAGAUGACAGAUGGAGCUUCACUUCUAAGGGAAAAGUGUAAAAACUAUACGUUGGUUGUACUGGAUAAUGUUGCACAGUUUGUGUGCAAAUAUAAACUGUUGUGAAGUCCCUG